AUGUGUGGACCACCUGCAAACAUAUUUUUCAUCCCUAUUCUAGCUGGAAUGAUUGAAAGACUCUUAAAUGAUUAUAUUUCAGGUUCUAUGCACGAACCACUUUCCCUCCCACUACGCUUACUUAAUGAUUUAAUGCAAUCAGAAUUGUUUUUUUCAGAACAAUCUGAGACAGAAACAGAAUGCAUAAAACUAGAAACAGAAGAAAUGAUGCCAGAAGAGGAGAUACUAAAAACAGCUGUUUAUAACGUGAAUAUUGAGAAAAUCAUAGAAUCUGUCAAACACAGGAUUGUAAAUAAAUAUCAUCUUGAGCUAGACUCAAAAUGGUUGACAAUACCUCUUGCUAAGGCCAUAUUGGGUUUUCUGGUAAAAAAAGAGGAUGCGAUCAUGCUCAACGAAAGAUCAAUGACAUAUCAGGAACUUAGUUCAAUGGGAAUUGUGAACCUGAUUCUAAUAGAACAAACUAGAGAAUACCUUAUUCAGUUACCCUAUAUGUGGGUAUGUGCAAUUGUUAAAAACUCCAAUGACCCUGGGAUGACGUAUUGGAAAUUCAUAUUAAAAUAUGAUGAGCUGAUGAAUUGGCCGAAUUUCGAAGAUUUUAAUACUAAGUUCUGGGCAUUAUGCCUCAAUGUUAAAGUUGAUUUACCUCAAAUUAAAGAUAUCAAAUUAUAUAAAUUACCACAUCAAUACCCAGUCACUAAAACUUACGAGAAUAAUCAAGUGAAAUAUGCAAACAUAACCGAAAUAAGAAAUGGUUAUAUUGACCUAGAUUUAUUGAAGAAUGAAAAUAUCAAGAGUAGAGCUCCGAAUCAG